AAAUAGUGGAGUGUUCCUGUAAAACAAAAUGCAUUUAGCGGUUAUAAUUCCAUUAAUUUCCUAGAUUGGUACCUAUCAGAUGGCCGUGUGCUCCAAGGCACACAACAAACCAUUUUAUGUGGUGGCAGAAAGUUUCAAGUUUGUGCGGCUCUACCCUCUGAACCAGCAAGACGUACCCGACAGAUUCAAGUAUAAAGCAGAUAUCCUGAAGACAGUGAAGGAUCUGAACCAAGAGCACCCCAUGAUCGACUACACCCCUCCAUCCCUCAUCACAUUACUCUUCACGGACCUCGGUGUGCUGACGCCUUCAGCUGUCAGCGACGAGCUCAUCAAUCUCUACUUAUGAUGAUGAUGAUGAUUACUGCUCUUCAUAAAGCAUGUGUAUCAUUGCCCAAGUGUAUGACCACAGAUGCACCUGAGAGAUCCUGUAUUUGGAGAGUAUGCUACAAUCCCGAUGUUAAGAUUAAAUGAUCUGUUUAAAUAUCAGAAU